UGUUAACGAAGCUAACGAUUAAUCGUUGUUAUGAUUCGUGUAGUGGGUGUAUUCCCGGAGUAGCUAAACAUUCCAAUAAUAAUUUAAUAUCUGAUCAGCUAAUUACACUUUAGCAGCGCAAAAUGUCAGCCGAGUGGCGAUGCAUACGUCGCAACCAGGACGAGUGCCGGCGUUAUCUGGACCAGUUCAAGGUUUUCGAUCACCCUCUGAAGCAAUCGUCAAUCACUAUUCUGGAAAGCAAAGGUACGCGAGCGAAAGCCAACAGCAAUAUCAGCGAAAGCAACAGUGGCGCUUCAUCGACCAUCUCGUUGGAUCCGUUGAGUUUGGCUCUAGAUGGGGAGGAUCCAUUGAGUCAAUUUGCCCGUCAAGAAUCAGCGCAAGACCCUUUAUCGCAGAUGGCGGCUGAACUUGAAGGAACCUUCAUUACAACUUCAAAUAAAAUGUCUCAGAAGAAGAAGGAAGUAACCAAUUUGCUUGAAAUGGACCUUAUAGAACCAUGGGCUUCCCGGCGAGUAGCUAUUCUGAAUAAAUACACUACCAAUGAAAAGCUGUCGAUUGUGACUAGCUUCCUGAACGGGGGUGAAACCAUUAAAUCACAAACGACAAUGUCUGAAAAGGUGAAGCAUCGCCUGGAACAGCUGGAUGAGUUCGAGGAGGGAACCGUGCGACAGAUGUUGGACCUCUCCCAGCAAGAGUACGUACUGAAAAUUGAACAGUUGAAUCACGAGCUGGUGCAAGCGUGGAACACCGAUCAGCGCGUGAAGGCGUUAAAGAUUGCCAUCCAGUGUUCAAAACUGUUGGCCGAUACUUCGGUUAUACAAUUUUACCCAUCUAAAUUUGUUCUGAUUACGGAUAUACUGGACAUUUUCGGUAAAUUGGUCUACGAGCGAUUGCUCAUUAAGGGGGAAGUUGGUGGUCUUGGAAGUAAAAAAAUGCCGGCACUUCCGAAUGAUUUUACUCCGGAGAUGGUACCGGAGUCGGCGAAAGAAACGUGCCAGAAUUGGUUUUAUAAAAUUGCUUCAAUACGAGAAUUGUUGCCGCGAUUGUACGUGGAAAUGGCCAUUUUCAAAAGCUAUCGUUUUAUUUCAUCAAAGGAAUUCAACUCUAUUUUGAUGAGACUGACCCGAAUGAUUCGUGGCGUGGGUGAUCCAUUGGUUGCCGCUUACGCACGUUGCUAUCUUUGUCGAGUGGGGAUGGCCGUUACAACCGAUAGAGAAUAUCUGAAAGAAAAUCUCAACGAUUUUCUGCUGAUCUAUCAUACCGUCUUCAAUGGAGGCAUUCGAGCGGAAAUCGUUAAAGCUAGAUUCACGUUGAAUGGGUACAUUUCUUUGUAUCUGCCUGCACUGGAUUGGAUCAUACAGGGCGCCACCAUUCUCAGUACCGAUUCCGAACUGGAUGACAUCAUGCGAAAAUGCUAUGAUAGGAAAAACCCGGCCCUGUUGAUGCAGUCGUUACUACAGUCUUUCCGGCCAGACUUCAUUGCAUUGCGGGCAGUACAGUUCGUGGAGAUUCUGUCCUCUAUUUCAGUUGAGGGACUCUCGCGUGGUCAACUGUUGAGAAUGUUGGGUGCCAUUCUAAGUAAGACACCGCCGCCGACCGAGCAACGGGCCGUGGCGUUGAAUGCCGCUUGGCGAACCGUGAGUUCUAUGGCCAACGUGGAGGAGUACAUUCAAUGUGCGGAAAUGUGGGCUCAAUUCACUAGUCAGCAUUUCGGGCUUCGAGAAGUUAACGCAUUGAUGGGUGAUAUUCUGUACCACAUGACCCCGAAUAGGUCUUACGAGCGACAUUAUCACGAGCUUCAGGUCAUCAUCGAGAAAAUCGUUUCCAAUUCCCAGGAUAUCCACGGUGUGCUUGCAUUGGAAAAUUUUCUUCCAAUGUUGGAUCUGUUCCAAAAAGAGUCGGUCAAAUUGGAAGUAGGUAAGAGCAUCCUUUCCAGCUACCGAUUUGCUUCGGGAGAUUUAUGUAUCAGUGAUCCAGUGGUCACCAAUGCUCUAAUGUACAUCAGCAAAGUGUUGAACGAUUCAGUCAAUGCCCUUACCAGCGAAGAUGAGCGUCGACAGAUCAGCAAUCUUAUCAGUCACUUCAUCCGCAAGGUCGACUUUGGUCGAGACUUCGAACAGCAGCUUUCGUUCUAUGUUGAUGCCCGUGCCGCCUUCUCCAAUCUAGACUCAGUAUAUACCACACUGAUACACUGUGUGAAUCGGCUAGCCACCAGCACGAGACGCAUUGUAAAGGGACAGCACACCGGUAAAACGGCUGCUUUUGUUAAAGCAUGUGCCGCCUAUUGUUUCAUCACGAUUCCAUCCAUCAUCGAGGUCACCACCCGCAUGGAACUGUACCUUCAGUCCGGUCAGGUAGCACUGCUAAAUGUUUGCCUACAGCAAGCGGAUUCGUGUUUCGAGGCAGCUCUAAAUUUGAUUCCGGAGAUACCUCGAACAUACGAGCAGGAUGGAACGUCGCACUCCACUGAACCAUUCCUCAAAUCAUUCCUCGUAAAUUUCCUCUCGACGCUUGUUAUAGUCCCAGACAAUCCAACUCAGGGUGUACUGUAUUUGCUUCGAUUACUGCUAGAAGUAAUUAAGAAGUAUCCUUUUGAUCCGAACACAAACAUCCUGGCAUCAGUUUACCUGCACGUGUUAGAUUUCCUAUCGGUAGCCGCACAGGAGGUCUACCCAUAUCAUAUCGUGAACGUAAUCUCCAACGAUGAAUUGUACGGUUCGGACCCCAAGUUUCUUGCUGAAAUUCAUAGCCUGGGAUGUGAGGUGUGCGAUCAGGUUCUUCAAAUACUAAAGCAGCUACUGGAAUCUAACAACGUGCGGCAGCAGUCACAGCUUGCGUUGGAUCUGUUUCUUAAGAUCAUCACUGGAGCCGAUCUGACCGUCGACCGGAUGUUCACUCUAUCGUACAAUCUGUGGAAUUUGGCGGCGAAGAAUCGGAAUACGCUGGACGCGAAACAGUUGCAAAAAAUACUAUCGUACACUGAACAUUUGGUGGAUGUGACUCAGCAAGACUCACAGAAACGCUGCCUUCAAACGCUACUGGAAAAGAUGAAAUCACGAAUGUAGUUAUCAUGAACUGAUCAAUCACGUAUAUAUUAAUAUACAUACUCAAAUAUUUUUUGGUUAUUCGUUAUAAUCAAUACAAAGCGUACUACCCUAAGGUUAUCACUG